UGGUGCUGAGCUCCUGGCUAAAGAAGACUUCAACAACAUCCUGGUUCAACUUUUAUAACAAUAUGCUAUUGGAAACAAUUAUAGUAUUGUCAAGUGUCCUAUUUAUAUUUAACUGGUGGGCUUAUGGCUACUGGAGAAGAAGGAAUGUAUAUUCUCUCCCAACAGAAUUCCUAUUCGGGAAUAUUAAGGAAAUAAUAAUGAAUCAAAAAGUCAUGUGCCUCAAAUUUCGUGAUAUUUAUGAACAGUACAAACAACAUAGAAUGGUUGGUUUCUACAGUUUUUAUAAGCCAAUGCUGUUUGUGAGCGAUCCAGAAAUUAUAAAAAGAGUUUUAGCAACUGAUUUUAACAGCUUUAGCAGUAAUGGUUUUACAAUGGACAAGGAUAUUGACCCAAUUAUGGGGUUUAACCCAUUUACAGCAAAAACUGUACCAUUGUGGAAAGAACUGAGAAGCAUUCAAGCUUCAAACCUCACUGCCUUAAAAUUAAAGGAAGUGGUUCCUGGUAUGGUCAAAAUAGGAGAAUUCAUGAAAGACUACAUUAAAAAUAAGAAAAGCCAACCUGUUUCUGUAUUUGAUAUUACAACACGUGCAGCAGUUGACUCAGCUAUUCUUUUUGGUUUUGGAAUCGAACCAAAGUCAUUUACGGAUUCUGAAUUCAGUUUCAUAAAACAUGCUACUGGCGAUAAACUUUUUACUUCAAAUUUUGUAACAAUGAUUUCUAGCUUUUUUCUUCCUUCUUUAAGCAGAUUAUUGAACUACAGAAUUACUUCUAAGGGAGCACAAGAUUUUUUCAUGUCUAUGACUAAAACAAAUAUUGAAUAUCGAGAGACUAAUGAGAUCACAAGAGUGGAUCUAUUUGAUACAAUAUUGAAAUUAAAUAAAAAGAAAUUGGAACAAGGCGAUAAAGCUUACUCAAACUUAGAAAUGUCUGCUCAUUGUGCAACAUUUUAUCUUGAUGCUACAGUGACAUCUUCAAUAGUGUUAACAUUUUUAUUUUUGGAGUUAGCGCACAACCAAGAUGUCCAAGAAAAACUCAGAAGAGCAAUAUUCUCAGUUGGAAAUAAACCAGAGGAUUUUGACUUAGAUAAAAUAAAUUCCAUCACAUAUUUACAAAUGGUGUUUGAUGAAACAAUCAGAAUACAUACUCCAGUGACAAUGCUGACUCGCUUAUGUACCAAGGAUACAGUGAUAGAAGAUGUGAAAAUUUCGAAGGGUACUAAAGUGUUUAUUUCCACUUUAGCACUUCAUAAUGAUCCAGAAUAUUAUCCUGAACCGGAAAAAUUUGAUCCAGAAAGAUUUUCAGAAAGUAAUAAGGAGUCAAUGACAAAGUAUACAUUUUUACCCUUUGGUGAAGGACCACGGACCUGUGUAGGUAUGAAAUAUGGUAACCUAUUUGUGAAAACUUCAAUAGCGUUUAUUCUUCUGAAGUACAGAAUAUUACCAACUAAUGAUCAAAAUAAAGUUCUACAUGAUUAUGACAGUUUUAUGUUGUGUCCAAAAUCAGAUGCCACUGUCAAAUUUGAAGAAUUAUGAACUUCAUUAAUACCUUCUUUUUUUUUACAGAAUGAAAAAUUGAAAAUUCGUGAUUAUCUAAUUAUUUAUUAUCUUCAAUUAAAAACUUAUUGAAAGUUAA